AUGUCUGGUCGUAGAGGUCGAGAUAGAGGCAACCAACUAAACAACGAGUUGGCUGAGAUAUGGAGAGAGAUUGAUGACUUGACCCGGGCUGUACAAGCCUUGGAGCGUCAGGAACCGGUGGAAACCCGAAUGGAGAUUCUGGAAGGUGACCACAAACCCUUUGAGAUUUUAGAUCUCGAGGAUGAUAAUCCUUUUCAUGAAGCGGGAACCGUAAUUCAAGCGGCAAGAGGUGGACUGAAUGUGGAUUGCUGGAUCGAUGAAAUUGAUUAUGAAAAUAUUUUUCAUGAAGCUGGAAUCGCAGAUCAAGUGGCACGAGGUGAAUUGGAAGAGGAAGUUGGAAAAAAGUAUCAUUUUCAUGAAACUAGAACCACGAUUGAAGCGAUACGAGGUGGAUUGGAGAUGGAUUGGUAUGAGCUAGAACCUGUUUAUGAUGAGUAUGACGAGGAGGAAGAGGAAGAUCUUUUCUUUGUUUGUAAAGGAGAAGAUUCUGAUUUUGUUCUUUGUGAAGGAUUUGUUUGUGAAAGAGAAGAUUUUGAUUUUGUUUUUGAUGAAGGAUUUGUUUGUGAAGGAGAUGAUUCUGAUUUUGUCGGUAAUGGAAAAAGUAUGGAGAAUACUGUUUUGACGGAGGUUGUAUGUGAUACUAUGCAAACAGAUUUUGGUUGGCUAGUUGAUCAUGAUAUGAAUCAAAAGAAGAAGCCAAAUAAGAAGUGUUUUUGCAAGAAAAACACUAAGGAUACUUUGCAUAAGUUAGCACCAAAGAAAAUUAUGAAAGCUGGUGAAAUUUUGGGUAACAAUGCAAAAGAGAAACUGAUUUUAGUUGAUCCAUACAUCUACAGAAAGUAUACUAAGAUCGACUUGAAAAGUGGAUAUCACCAAAUUAGAAUGAGGAGUGGAGAUGAAUGGAAGAUAGCUUUAAAGACUCCAGAUGGGUUAUUCGAAUGGUUGGUGAUGCCGUUUGGUCUAUCUAACGCUCCUAGCACAUUCAUGCGAGUUAUGACAGAGGUAUUGAAGCCUUGCCUGAAUUCUUUUGUUGUGGUUUACUUUGAUGAUAUCUUAGUUUAUAGUCGCACAAAGGAAGAACACUUGAAGCAUUUGCGACAAGUUUUUGAGGUUUUGCAAAAGGAGCAGCUUUAUGUAAAUCUGAAAAAGUGCAGCUUUAUGCGAUUUGAAGUUGUGUUUCUUGGUUUCAUUGUGUCGGGAGAAGGAUUGAAACCAGAUCCGGAGAAAGUUAGUGCUAUAGCGGAAUGGCCAGAACCCAAAUCUGUAAAAGAGAAAGGUGAAUUUGAGUGCACACAUGCUGCAAGAAAGGCUUUUAAGAGGGUUAAAGGUUUGUUGACGGAAGCUCCUGUCCUUGCACUACCAGAUUUUGAGAAGUUAUUUGUCGUUGAAUGUGAUGCCUCACAUGCUGGAAUUGGAGCAGUUCUUAAUCAAGAGGGAAGGCCAGUGGAAUUUUUCAACGAGAAGUUGACAGAUUCUAGAAGUCGUUAUUCAACUUACGAUCUAGAAUUUUAUGCUUUGGUGAGGGCAGUUCGACAUUGGCAAUAUUAUUUGGCUUAUCGAGAGUUUGUUGUCUAUUCUGAUCAUCAAGCUUUGAAGUAUUUAAGUUCACAGAAAAAGCUUAAUGAUAGACAUGCAAAGUGGAGUUCUUUUCUUGAUGAGUUCAAUUUUACAUUGAAAUACAAGUCUGGCGAGUCUAAUACGGUGGCUGAUGCUUUAAGGCGAAAGGCUUUAUUUUUAUCCGUAUUGAGCACUCAAAUUACAGGUUUUGAAGAGUUAAAGGAACAGUAUCCUAUUGAUCCCUAUUUUAGCAAGAUACUGGUUGAUUUACAAGAUUCACCACAAGCUGGAAAUUUACCUUUUAAGUUGCAUGAAGAUUAUUUAUUCAAAGGGAAUCAGUUGUGCAUUCCAGAAGGGUCUUUAAGAGAACAAAUUAUAAAAGAACUUCAUGGAAAUGGUUUAGGAGGACAUUUUGGCAGAGAUAAAACUAUGGCAAUGGUGGUUGAUCGCUAUUUUUGGCCAAGGAUGCGUCGAGAUGUGGAGAGGUUUGUGAAAAGAUGUCCAGCCUGUUUACUUGUUCAUAUUGCUGAAUUAUUUUUCCGUGAAAUUGUGAGAUUGCAUAAAGUUUCAACUUCUAUUGUUUCAAACAGAGAUGUGAAGUUUAUGGGACAUUUUUGGAGGACUGUGUGGAGGAAAUUUGGGACUGAAUUAAAGUAUUCAAGCACUUGUCAUCCACAAAUGGAUGGACAAACAGAAGUUGUGAAUAGAAGCUUGGGUAACUUGCUGCGAUGUCUUGUUAGGAAUAAUCCAAAGACUUGGGAUUCUGUUAUACCGCAGGCUGAAUUUGCUUACAACAAUUCAGUGAAUUGGAGUAUCAAGAAGACACCUUUUGAGGCUGCAUAUGGAUUGAAACCUCAACAUGUUCUUGAUUUAGUUCCUUUACCACCAGAAGCUAGAGUUAGCGGUAAAGGAGAAGAAUUUCUUGAUCAUAUUCGAAGGGUUCAUGAAGAGGUGAAGGCUGCAUUAAAAGACAGCAAUGUAGCAUAUUCUUCUGAGGCUAACAAGCAUCGAAGACAACAGGAGUUUGAAGAAGGUGAUCAAGUUCUUGUGUAUUUGAGAAAAGAGAGAUUUCCAAAAGGAACUUAUCACAAACUCAAGAACAGAAUGCUUGGACCUUGUAAAGUGUUGAAAAUCAGCUCUAAUGCUUAUGUGAUUGAGUUGCCAUCAGAUUUGCAAAUCAGUCCAGUUUUUAAUGUUUCAGAUUUAUAUACAUUUGAUGGAAUUGAUGAUGGGACUGUUUUUAGCAUUGAGGAACAAGUUCAACAGUUACCAGCUGCGAAAAGUGAUGUUAUUGAAGAUGUUUUGGAUGUUAAAGAGGUUCGAUCAAGGCGAGGAAAUAUGUACAAAAGGUUUUUGGUGAAAUGGCUAGGAAAACCAGCAACCGAAAGCACCUGGAUUGCUGAAGAAGAGCUGAAGCAAGUUGAUCCAGAAAUUUAUGAGGAGUUCAUUAAAGUGUACUCGUCGGAGCCGAGUCUUUUUCAAACCCGGGGAGAAUGA